GCUCGACUGCUUGUUUGCUUUACUUUUUUUUUUACCGAUCAUAAUCUGGCAACGCAUUUUUGUUAUUUACAUUUAAAAACGAAAACAUGGCGUUUGGUGGAACGCCAAUUCGUCAUGUAUCUGUGUUGGAAAAUAUGCUAUCUGAAAUAUCUUACCACCGAAUUAGAGAAAUUUCUCAAUAUGAAUAUGCAGAGGAAUCUGGAUUUGUUCUUUUAAAUCCUACAAGGUUUUGGACUGAUUUAUUUGUGAGGCACUUCCUGCACUAUUGUGAUGAUAAGUUUAGAGACGAUUUAUUGUUUUUUGUACGUAAACAUCAGAAAAGAACUGCUGCCAGAUAUAUUCCUAAAUUUGAGACUGCUAUUGAAGUGUUUAGAAAGGAUUCAAAAAAGCUUCCUAUUGGUGAUCCUGAUGUAGAUUGGGAAGAAACUGUGUAUCUUAAUUUGAUUUUACAACAAUUUGAGUAUACUCUCACUUGUGCUGUAUGUACUAGAACAAGUCCAAAAGAUCUGCAAAUUCUAAAAAGGAAUUCACAGAAAGUUUAUGCUUCUCCAAGUAAGCGCAGCAUGGAUUGUAAAGGUGAAAUGGAAGAAAUUAGCUACCCUAAUAUAUUUUUUACAGUUGACAAUUAUGAUGAGGUUUUUGAAGAUAUUCUUGUUAGAGAUGGUGAAAUGGUUUGUGUGGAGCUAGUUGCUGAAGAUAAAGAGGGAUCUUUACAAAAAGUUUUAUUUUUAGGAUCUAUACAUUAUGAGGCUGUAAAAAGAGUUUAUGAUGCCAGGGCAAGUUUGUCAUCUCGGUUUGCUCAAAAAGUGUCUUUGGGAUGGUAUCAAGGACAACAAAGAUUAGAAUUUGUACGAAUGAGGGGUCCCAAAGGAAAAGGUCACGCAGAAAUGGCUGUCACAAAACAGAAAGGAUCAGGUGUUGAGACUCCAACAUCUGAGCCUGGUUACUCUAUAACAGAUUAUGAUUGGGAUGAUAUGGAGGAUAAUCCUUAUUUACAAAGACGUAUGUCAGAUCCAAGCUCUAAUUUAAAUAAUUUUAAAAGUUGGAAAGGUCGUCAAGAUAGUCAAACCCAAAAAUCGCAGUCUGAAACAGAAAUAGAUUAUUAUCCAAAUGGUAUUAAUGAAAUAGAAGCAGGUGAUAUAAGAGAUGAACCUGUUUUAUCUAAAAAGCACAAGAAAGUUAGUCAAACUAAGCAGCCUCGGCUAAAUAAAAAAGAUCGUCCUAGGGUUGUAUGGAGAAGGGAAUCAAAAAUUGAAGUUUUAACAAAUAGUGAUAACCAUUCCAAAACAAGCAGUUAUUCAAGCGAGUCCUCUACAGAGCUUGAUGAUACUGGUUAUAACAGACUAUGGACCAUGAGAGGUUUUGGCCAGGCAUAUCAUUUUUGGAAAGAAUCUAAGAGAGCAAGCUCCCCAGCUCUAAAUGCUUAUUUGACAUACGUAACUGUACCUUGGCAUUCUAUAAUUUCUGACAUUCUAGACGAUUCAAAAAUGAAACCAAUAUUAACCUUUUAGCAGUCAAGAGGCAUAGGUCAAAUUUUUAAAACUGUAUUAAAAAUGUGAUUUUUUUUACUUCUUAUUUUCUACGCAAUAAACAUGUGCUUAUAUGUAUUAUAUUUAUAAUUGCAUUUCUAGUCAGAUUUAUAUGAUAGAAUUUAAUGAAUGUAGGUAUGAUUGAUGUUUUGAAAGUUCUACAGUGCUGUUAGUUAUCUGUUAUUUUCAAAUUUGUGAUCUGAAGUUUGUGUAUUCGCAAUUUUCUUAUUUCUAUAUUGACAAAAAUUUUAGUUAUUACACAAAUAACUAAGUUUUGUUUAGUUUAUAACUUUUUCAGCAUAAAAUAUAUUCAGAUGCUAAGAUUGAAUAUAAUACAUAUUACAGAAGUAUAAUAAAAUACAUUGCUAUUGAAGGUGCUGUAAAUUAAUUUGUA